AUGGAGCAAGGAGGUGGGGCUUGCCACGCGCGCUCUCCCUCUUGUCUCUCGCCGCGCCGACACUUGAGUCUCUUGUUGCGAGUGCGCGGCCGGUGGGUGAGCAGUGCGCGUGAGGGAGAGGGGACCACGCGGCGAAGGGAAGCUCUCGCGCGUGCUCUUUGCUCUGCGGGCCGGCCAAGCCGAGCACAGCCAUGGCCGAUUACUUGAUCAGCGGCGGCACCGGCUACGUCCCGGACGACGGGCUCACAGCGCAGCAAAUGCUCAACUGCGGGGACGGGCUCACCUACAAUGACUUUCUUAUACUCCCUGGCUACAUAGAUUUCACUGCAGACCAAGUGGACUUGACUUCUGCUUUGACCAAGAAGAUAACCUUGAAGACGCCUUUAGUAUCAUCACCUAUGGACACUGUAACAGAGGCCAGCAUGGCCAUUGCAAUGGCGCUCACAGGCGGAAUUGGAUUUAUCCAUCAUAAUUGUACCCCAGAAUUCCAGGCGAAUGAAGUACGGAAAGUUAAGAAAUACGAACAAGGAUUUAUCACAGAUCCAGUCGUGCUGAGCCCCAAAGAUCGGGUCCGAGACGUUUUUGAAGCCAAAGCCCGCCAUGGCUUCUGUGGCAUCCCCAUCACUGACAAUGGGAAGAUGGGCAGCCGACUCGUGGGGAUUAUCUCAUCCCGAGACAUCGACUUCCUGAAGGAGGAAGAGCAUGACCUGCCUCUCAGUGAGAUCAUGACCAAGCGGGAAGACCUCGUUGUUGCACCUGCAGGAGUUACGUUAAAAGAAGCCAAUGAAAUUUUGCAGAGGAGUAAAAAAGGCAAACUACCAAUUGUUAACGAGAAGGAUGAGCUGGUGGCCAUAAUUGCCCGCACAGAUCUGAAGAAGAACCGGGAUUACCCACUGGCAUCCAAAGAUGCCAAAAAACAGCUGCUCUGUGGGGCGGCCAUUGGGACUCAUGAAGAUGACAAAUACCGUCUUGAUCUCCUGGUGCAAGCGGGUGUGGAUGUCGUUGUGCUGGAUUCCUCUCAAGGGAAUUCCAUUUUCCAGAUCAACAUGAUCAAAUAUAUCAAGGAGAAAUACUCUGAACUGCAGGUCAUUGGAGGCAAUGUGGUGACAGCAGCUCAGGCAAAGAACUUGAUCGAUGCUGGGGCUGAUGCCCUGAGAGUUGGCAUGGGCAGCGGCUCCAUCUGCAUCACGCAAGAAGCUGCUCCAAAGAUCCCUCCAGACCUAAAGUCCCACAGCCCCAAAUGCCCUUCCACAGUCACUGGCACCUAUAUCUUAGCAUGCGGGAGGCCUCAGGCCACAGCCGUGUACAAAGUGUCCGAGUACGCCCGGAGGUUUGGUGUGCCGGUGAUCGCAGAUGGCGGCAUCCAGACUGUCGGGCACAUUGCCAAGGCUCUUGCACUUGGCGCUUCCACAGUGAUGAUGGGCUCCCUUCUGGCUGCCACCACAGAAGCCCCUGGGGAGUAUUUCUUUUCCGAUGGGAUCAGGCUGAAGAAAUACCGGGGUAUGGGAUCGCUUGAUGCCAUGGACAAGAACCUAGGCAGCCAGAACAGAUACUUCAGUGAGACUGAUAAAAUUAAAGUGGCACAGGGCGUCUCUGGUGCCGUUCAGGACAAGGGCUCCAUCCACAAGUUUGUGCCAUACCUGAUUGCUGGUAUCCAGCACUCCUGCCAAGAUAUCGGUGCCAAGAGUGUAACGCAAGUGAGGGCCAUGAUGUAUUCUGGAGAACUGAAGUUUGAAAAGAGGACGACUUCUGCCCAAGUGGAAGGAGGAGUGCAUGGCCUCCACUCGUAAGUUCUGUGUGCAGGGUUGGCCAGACGGUGCAUUACCUGCCAUUGGUAUGAAAAGCGCCUUUUCUGAUGAAGGUCCCCAGCACCUUUCCAGGGCCUCUUUGCCCUGAUGUGCCUGUGCGGUCAUGUCCAUGAACUGUUCCCUUCACAGAAGUGCCAUUUUGCAGAAGGGGUGGAGCUUCCUGUAGCUCUCCCUGGUUCAUCAGCUGCUUUGACCAAGGCUGAGGAGAAUGCAUCAGCCUCUUCCAGAGGAAGUCCUCUUAUUUGAACGAGGCUCUCAAGAGGGGCCCUAUAUGUGUAUGUUGUGUUUUACAAUAAAACAGAGGAGAGAAGGUCA